AUGGAAGCAUAUUCACUGAGUGUGCAACAUGAGCAAACUACAUUGCAGAUUCUUCAAGCAAAACUAGGAGCAGAGGAUCUCCGUACUCAGAGGCUAGAGCAGCAGGAAGCUGCAAGAACUGGAGCUCCAAGAUUAGAUGCAACCAUUGCUAGCAAAGGUCAUCUCAGCGUGUCAGAUCUAUUGGAUUACAUUAGUCCUGGCCAGGGUUCAAAGACCAUUGAAGCACAGAGGAAGCGGCGUUCGAAGGUGUUACCAGUAGAUGAUCAAUCUCAAAAAGGACAGCAUGAUGGAAGAAGUAACAACCCCUUGGAUCAUGAUGUUACAGAAAAUCCUGUGACUCUAGUAGAAGUUAACAAGAAAGAAGACGACUCAGAGAGGGUUGCUACUAAAGAACUUGAAGGCGGUAAUAGCACUAAAAAUGAGGAAUCAGUGGAAAUAAAUGAAGAAACUAGCUCUGAUGAAGGGUGGCAGGAAGCGAAUUCGAAAACACGGACGGGGCAUGGUAGUGGCAAGAUGUUCAACCGAAGGCAACCAGGUCUUGCCAAGAUCAAUACAAACUUAGAAUACUUUUCCCCCCGGGACAGCAGUUCCAGGAAAGUAGUUACUUCACAGGGACAAAAAGUGGUAUCUAAGAUUGGUUGUGAAUUUUCUCCUGUAAAGCAACUAAAAGCUGCUAGCUUCAGUUCUUCUGAAAAGUCAACCAAACUCUCAGCUAAAAUGACUGUUGCCGAAGUUUCUCGCACAUCAAAUAUCACUGUUCCCUCUCCUCCUGCCUCUCUUGCUACCAUGGCAAAAGCUGCUAGCUUCAGUUCUUCUGAAAAGUCAACCAAACUCUCAGCUAAAAUGACUCUUGCCGAAGUUUCUCGCACAUCAAAUAUCACUGUUCCCUCUCCUCCUGCCUCUCUU